GUCCGCCGCCUUACGUCUGGAAGCCUUCUCGAGUCACGUGACACGAAACGUCACAUGUAAACCGGAGUGAAAAUGGCGGCCGCUGGAGGAGAGUCUUCCUCUCAGAGUGUGUCGGAUGAAUUAUUUCAAAACUUUUACUCCGAGGUGAAGCAGAUUGAGAAGAGGGACUCUGUGUUAACGUCCAAGCAGCAGAUCGACAGGUUGCUAAGACCUGGAUCGUCGUACUUCAACCUCAACCCGUUUGAGGUACUGCAGCUUGAUCCAGAAGCAACAGACGAGGAGCUGAAGAAAAGAUUUAGGGCGUUGUCCAUUUUGGUCCAUCCAGACAAAAAUCAAGAUGAUCCUGAAAGAUCACAGAAAGCCUUUGAAGUUGUGGACAAAUCAUACAAACUCCUACUGGAUCCAGAGCAGAAGAAGAGAGCAGUCGACGUGAUCCAAGCGGGAAAAGAAUAUGUGGAGCAUAUGGUGAAGCAGAAAAAGAAGCAACUGAAAAAAGAUGGCAAAUCGCAGGAUGUGGAGGAGGAUGACCCUGAAAUGUUCAGACAGGCGGUGUACAAACAAACCAUGAAGCUGUUUGCAGAGCUUGAAAUCAAAAGGAAGGAAAGGGAAGCAAAAGAAAUGCAUGAAAGGAAAAGGGCAAGAGAAGAAGAAAUUGAGGCUGCGGAGAAGGCAAAGCGGGAACGAGAAUGGCAGAAGAACUUUGAGGAUUCAAGAGAUGGGCGAGUGGACAGCUGGAGGACCUUCCAAACUAAAGGAAAAACUAAAGAGAAAAAGAACAGGUCCUUCCUUAAACCCCCUAAAGUUAAGAUGGAACAGAGGGAAUGAUGUAAAACUGUCAAAAUCAAGUCAUUUUCUGUGAAUCCCCACCUCUGCAGUCAGCACAGUCACAAUCUGAUGUGUCAUGUGACAAGUCCCUUACCCUGAUAGUUUUGUACUUCCAUUUUCUAUUGUACAUACUUUUGAUCUAGAGCUAGAGUCGAUGCAUCUUCCACUAAUGUAAGUCAAAAUGUCUUUUUUUGUUUUUCAAACCCUAAUAAAGCUUGAUCUUCAGUCUG